UGUGAACGUCACACGCGCGUCCCUGUCUCUUUAAUAAAAGUUCGGUCUGAGAAAGUGUGCGAAGCUCCAAAAUGGAUGUGAGAUCUCUGGCUGCGAGCGCGUUGGCACAGAAUAAGAAAGCGAUCGUCCUGCUCGGCGCAGCCGGAGCCGCUCUUCUGGGAUUCGGGCUCGGUUAUAAAUACAUGCGAAAGCCAGAAAAAGCGCUGCGCGUGGGCGUAGUGUCUCAGCUCCUGAUUCACCCGCUCAAGUCCGGCAGAGCCGUGUCUGUGACUAAAGCGGAGUGCCAGAAACUGGGCCUGAAGUCUGGAGAGCUGGAGGAUAGGCACUGGCUGCUGGUGAAUGAUGAAGGUAACAUGGUGACGGCCCGACAGGAGCCUCGACUGGUGUUGGUGUCUCUGACCUUUGUGGGAGGUCAGGCGUGUCUGAACGGACCAGACAUGGAGGAGCUGAGGUUCUCCAUCAAACAGCCCAACAACCCCAUCUUCAACUGCAGAGUGUUUGGUGCUGACAUUCAAGGCAGAGACUGCGGUGAUCAAGUGUCCGACUGGUUCACCAGAUAUUUUGGAGCAGAGAAAGCCCUCCGCUUGGUGCACUUUGAGCCUCAGAUGAAAACCAGGAGAUCGGCAGAGAUGGAUCUUCUCUUCCCGAAGGAUCAGGAGGUAGCAUAUCCAGAUGCAGCCCCUGUGAUGCUGCUGUCUGAAGCUUCAGUAAAGGAUCUGAGCAGCAGGCUUGAGCAGGAUGUCACCGUGGAGCGUUUCCGGCCCAGCAUCGUGAUAAGUGACUGUGAGGCCUACGACGAGGAUUCUUGGGCGGAGAUCCAGAUUGGCAGUGUGAGGCUACAACGUGUGAUGUCAUGUGGAAGAUGUGUUCUGACCACAGUUGACCCGGAGACUGGUGUGAUGAGCAGAAAAGAGCCUCUGGAAACUCUGAAAAACUAUCGCAUGUGUGAGCCAUCCGAGAAGCACAUCUAUAAAACCUCCCCGUUGUUCGGACAGCUGCACAGCGUGAAGAGGACCGGGGACCUCCAGGUUGGAGAUGUAGUUUAUAAGAUCACCCGGUCAUGAGGAGGACUGGGGGGUUGUUAAUAAAUCACACACAAAGAUCUAAAGCUAAAACCCUGACAUGUUAAUCAUUGAUUAUGUAUUUUUGUACUUAAACAUUUUUUAAUUCUCAUCAUUACUAACAGAAUAACAAUUAAAGACCUUCAAGCAUCACAGAGUGUUUGCUAGCCCACCUUUAUGUUUACCUGUUCUACAGGACGUCUGGGUCCUCUGCUACCUGCUUGUUUAUCUGUCCCUAUGCUCCAGAAAGCUGCAGAUGAAUGACCCUUCUGGGCUCUGUUCCUCUGUUGUUUCAGCUUUAAUUACUGAGGGAACAUUAGAAAAAUUAUAUAUUCUUCUGUUAUUUAUAGAAGGACUAAGUAUAGGAAUUAAAAUCAAGGACUGGAGAGCAGACACGUUUCAUUCCUCCUAGAACAUCUUCAGUGAAAACUAACUGAAACUCCUUUACCAGCAUAAAACACUGUGAGUUUAGUAGAUAAUCUGUGAUAAUCUAUGAGUUAUUAACAAGGGCGUCAGUUUGUUUCCAGAAUUGCUGGGGACAAUAACCAUACACUUGAGUGGGGUUUAAAAAUUGCUGGGGACAAUAAAGUAGGCUAGCACAGGGGUCGGCGGCUCUGGAGCCGCAUGCGGCUCUUCCAUCCAUCUGAUGCGGCUCUGUGUUUGUAAAAUAAUGAAUGGAUAUUUAAAUAAAAUGCUUUAUAUUUUACUGCAUUAAUUUUACAUCUGUAUACCAAUUCUAAAUGUAAAGAUUGUCUGCGUAAACCUGAACAGGUCCAACCUGGUCUUACUGUGAGACCGGGUUGACGCGUCACGCUUGUGCGUAAUCAUAUGCGCUUUAUUAGCUGAAGACGAUGUGAGAUUCUGGGAUUCUCCUCAGACGGCUCCUGGAUGUGUCGCCACAUUGGAGACGGGAACAAGCGCUAUUCAGCCAAAGUUUCAUCAUCAGGGAACAUUUUCUAAGUGACAAGUCUCUCUGAGAGACCGGGUUUGGAAAACACUCGCUUCAGUGGGAGGAACCUUCCCACAUGCGCUCUGGGUGGCUCUGGGGUUAAUCAAGUUUAAUUGUUUCUCUUUGCAACAAUCUUCACAAGAAGGCAAAACAGUUAAACGGCAGGUUACAUAUAUUUCCAUUUGACUGUUUAUUUUGACAGAUGAACUCAAGGAUGUUGCUUGGUUUGAAAGAAUUACCCCCACGCACACUUAUGCACAUGGAUGAGCUGACAUUUUAAUCGUUAACGCACAUCGCGGAGGUAAAAGAUUCCCAUCAGAACAUCAGAGCUUUAUACUGGACACUGUGUUCAGCGCGGCUCGGAGCGCCCACGGUGGACAGUGAGCUGAAGAUCUGAGGGGUUCGCAGCGCAGCGCAGAACCAUGGUGCAUGCAAUGAUUUCCUCCCACUGAAGCGGUCUGGAAACCCGGUCUCUCUGAGGGAUGUGUCACUUGGAAAAAUGUUCUUUUUAUGAAAUUAUGAAACUGGCUAAACAGCGCUUGUUCCCGUCUCUAAUAUGGAGACGCAUGAUGCGUAGAGACAUUUGAUCACGCAAAGUUCGUGUGGAGCAGAAGCGGUCGGGCCACGGCAGGUGAAAUGUUCCUAGCCUACAUGAAGGGAAACUGUUUAAUUGUAACAUUAAUACGUUACUGGACACGCUGGUCUGGUUGGUUAGACCAGUGUUUGAAGUGGAAAACACACACACACACACACACACCAAUUAAAAUAUAUGCUGAUAGCAUGGACUAGAAGACAGGUGAUGGUUUACGUAUUCAAAUGAUGAUCAGGCUGCUGUAAAAUGUAAUCUCCAUCCACAUCCAGACAGAAUCAUCCUCUAUUCUGUCUCUAUUUGCUCUGCUCUUGUCUGGGCUGAUCAGCUGAUGGUGCGCCUAACUAGCGGCUGAUGCACAUUUUACGCAUUUGGAGAGGUGGGCUGGAUGCUGUGCGUUUACUGGAAGAUGGUUAACGCACGGGUGUAGACUACAUAUUAAUGACAAAUGAAUGAAAAUUAAAUUGUGAGUUUUUACUUCAUAUUUUAUAAAUAAAAAUGACGGGGGAAAACAUUUAUGACGUCUUUUUAAACUAAAUUUUCUAGCACGACCUGCCUGCUUCACUUAAGUCACUGCUUAUUAAGGUCCGUCCAGAAUUACUGUGGGAAACGGGUAAUAAUGGCUCUUUGAUGGGAAUAGGUUGCCGACCCCUGGAUAAGAUCUGAGCUGGUAAAACAAAAAUCCUCAUCAGCAGGCGUUUUUGAAAGUGGGGGGGACACAGCUGCCAAUCACAAAUUUUGCCGGGGACAUGUCCCCGGCGUCCCCGGUUAAAAUGACGCCUAUGGUUAUUAACUUCAACAUUACAUUUAAUUAGAUUUAAUUGCCUAAAUUGUCCAGUAGGGUGCAAUAUGACCUUCCUGUAAAAAGAUGUAUUGUGUCAAAUAAAAUCUUCUGGUUCCAUAACUGUGUUUUUUGUAUUCAGUAAUGAGACAUUAAAGCCAUCUAAUGAGCUAAUUCUACCAAAUUAGUUUAAAUAAUCUCAGAUUUUUUUCUCUCAAUCUGAGUCAAAGAAAAAGUACACUAGGUCAGUCAUCCUUCUGUGUUAGGGCAGCUCAGGAAUAGAACAACAUCCCAGAUCUGUACAUACACCUUAUGCCGCACCCUUUUGAAAAACUGGCUCAUCAAUAAUAAAACCUGUCAACACUGACCUGCACUGCCAUCCUGUGUGCUCAGGCUAUAUUGUCCUUUGACUCAACUAAUUAUUGCAUGUUGUACACUUUUACUAAUAAUAUUAAUACUGCCCUAAUUUAUUGUAUGUUUAUGCUUUUAAGAAUAAUGUAAAUCAGACCUUUUAUAAGUUGCAUCUUAACAGCCGGUUGUUGCAGCAUGUUGCCCCUUUAUUUUAUUUUAUUUUUUAAUCUCCGUGUGUACUCGAACCUUUUUUGCAUUCGCUACUUAGGCAUAUCACCCUGUUCAUUUUGUUACUAACAUUUAUUUAGUACUGCUUUCAUGCUACUUUUUUUCUACAUUGGACUAAUGUGAUGUUCAAUUUUGUACAGGACUAAUGUAGCUUUUAUAUAACAAUCUUCAUAUAAUUUACUUAUGAUUGUAUAAGUGUUUCAUAAUGUCCUCCCUAGGAUGCAGACUGUACAACUGGCACAGGACUACAGAUGUACACUAGCCUAUGGCUAACUCUGGCAUGUUUCAGCGUGACUGAUGUUAACAUGCACUGUCCUGAUUAUUAAAUAAAUAAAUUGAAAGUUGAGUCCAGAUGAUCACAGAAA